CAGCCAAGAGUCAGGCAGCAAGCCAGCACCAGCAAGCUGCAACUGCGAGCAGCGAGCCCCAUCCCGAGUCCCGACCGGCCACCGCCUGCCCCCUCCGGCCCUCCCGGCCUCCCCCCUUCUCUCUCUCCUCCGCCCCCACCCCGCUCGCGUGAGGGCGACAGGUGUCGGGCAUGCGGCCGCCACGUUCUCCCCGGCCGCCGCCACGUCCCCACUCCCCCUCCCACCACCGCCGCCGCCGCCUCCUCAUCUACCUCGUUGCCGCCCCACUCCUCUACUUCGCCAUCCUGACACCAGCCCUCGCCGCCGCCGCGGCACCUCCAGCACCACCAGCAGAAGGGGAUUCGGGCGGAGAAGGCGGCAUCAUCAGGACAAGGACCAGGACCGCCGUCGCCUGGCCCGCCAUGGCAUGGCCAUCAAAAUGUACAUGGCUGCCCUUACCAAACAAUGCGAGGUGUCAUUCAUAUACUCUUGUUUCCAGAUACCACAAGAUUUGGAAGGACACAAAGGGAGUUGUUUCUGCAACAGAAGUUCUGAAGAAAGAACCAGUUAGCGAUGUGAUUGCUUUAAAGGAUUCUAUGAAGUACUUCGAUGCAAAUUUCUUCAGCGAUUCAAAACUACGUGAGAUGGAAGAUGGUGCAAAAGAAUUUAAUGUACCUGCAUUCAGAGAAAAUCGGAAAUUGGUCGCCUUGGAGAAUGGUGGGUUACAUAACCCUUCUGUUCUACUCUUCAAAUCAUCAUGGAGUGGCGACAGCAUUAUAAGUGAGACUAGAACUUUUAACUACCCUGGUGCGCCUGCAGUACAUCGUCCAAGUAAUGAUGAAGAUAUUGCCUUUAUGUCGGUAAUUGAGCUCGGGGAGCUUGUUAGGACAAAGCAAAUAACAUCGCGUGAACUUACGAAUAUAUUUCUGAGGAGAUUAAAGAGGUACAAUCCUGUUCUUGAAUCUGUUGUUACUUAUACUGAAGAUUUAGCAUACAAACAAGCAAAAGAGGCAGAUGACUUGCUGGCACAAGGAAAAUAUCUUGGUCCUUUGCAUGGUAUUCCAUAUGGCCUGAAAGAUAUAAUUGCAGUACCACACUACAAGACCACUUGGGGCUCAAGGACUUUUAAGAACCAAGUUCUCGAUACGGAAGCAUUUGUGUACAAAAGACUUAAGUCAGCUGGAGCCGUCCUUGUAGCCAAGCUUGUUACAGGCUCGCUCGCCUAUGAUGAUAUAUGGUUUGGCGGGAGGACACGAAAUCCCUGGAACAUUGAGGAAUUUUCUACUGGUUCAUCAGCAGGUCCAGCGGCUAGCACCUCUGCAGGAAUGGUUCCAUUUGCAAUUGGUUCAGAAACUGCAGGAUCCAUAACAUACCCUGCUGCUAGAUGUGGAGUAACAGCAUUGCGCCCAACAUUUGGAACAGUUGCACGGACUGACGUCAUGAGCAUAUCUGAGAGUUUGGAUAAGCUUGGUCCUUUCUGCAGGAGCGCAGUAGAUUGUGCUAUUGUGCUAGACGCAAUUCGUGGAAAGGAUGCCGGUGAUCCUUCAUCUCGUGAGGUUGCUUUGGGUGAUCCAUUUCAUGUCGACAUCACAAAACUCACCGUUGGCUAUCUUGAUGACGCUGAAAUGGAGGUUGUUGAUGUUCUUUCCUCUAAAGGUGUCAAGCUGGUCCCUUUCAAGUUAAACUACACUGUAGAAUCAGUUCAGUCCAUCCUGAACAUAACGAUGGAUGUCGAUAUGCUUGCGCAUUUUGACAACUGGCAGCGUGAAGGACAUGACGAUGACUAUGAGGCGCAAGACCAAUGGCCAGUAGAGCUUCGUCGUGCACGGUUGAUCCCAGCAGUUGACUAUAUACAGGCGCAGCGAGCACGGGGCAAGCUGAUCCACGAAGUCAGAGAUAGCUUCACUGUUGACGCGUUCAUCGGCAACGUGACCGACUGGGAGCGCGUCUGUCUCGGAAACCUUGUUGGUAUGCCGGUAGUCGUGGUGCCAACGGGCUUGAAGACCAUUGAGGACCCACCGAAAGGUGGCACAAGGAGAAGAACCACCGUGACGACAGGCAUAUAUGCUCCCCCUGACCAUGACCACAUUGCUUUGGCACUGGCGAUGGCUUACCAGUCCGCCACCGGUCACAACAAACAGCGGCCGCCAAUCGACGAUCUGGGGCCGAAUGACAGCAUACACAGGUAGGGCAACCUGUUCAUGAAGUGAGUCUCCAUGGCAAGCUGAAAAGAGAUGUACCGUAGCAAGAUUCAGAAAAUUAGAAGGCCCCUAAAAGGCCAGAAAUUUGCUGUCAUCUCGCGUUCCAGUGGACCCAGUCUUGCCUGAACUUCCAGAAUCGUAAUGGCUGGGCUGCCAUUUCUUCUAGUUCAGUGUAUGGGCUGUAUGCUGGCCUGCUGCAAUCAUUCUACACAUAGGCUUUUCUUUUUGUUUGUAUUUUUGCAGUUCUUUUUUGCAGUUUGACAAAAGGCAGGAUAUGCAUCUUGUUUGUUUGCAUUUUUUUGACAAAAAGGAACAGAAAACUUUACCCUUUGAAUGUCAUUGAUUAGCCCAUGCAUGGUCUGAGCAUUUCUGGGCUGGGAGGACGCGUCGUGCUGGGCUUAUGAAAAGCCUAAAUCCUUUUUUAGGACUGAAAUAUUCACCCAGGCCCAUCCAGUAUACCAGCGAGUUUGCCAAAAUUGGGAUGGGGCGACCAGAUUUUCAUUGGGCUGCAAAGGUGCUUUACGGGCUUGCCCAGCACUCUGUGCUUUACCAAGGCUUCGUUUGGAUGUUGGUAUUGAGGCGAAGGAAUUGCAUGGAUGUUGGUAUUGAGGUGAAGGAAUUGCAUUGGGUAGGAAUACCAAAUCUGAGUGGAAAUGGAAAUGGCGUGCAAUGCCAAUGUUGUUGCUUGGAUGUGUAUGUAAUUGGUAGUUAGAAUUAAAGGGUAGCAGCCAAUUUCAAUUCUUGUUUGGAUGUACAAACUGUUGAAUUCUAUAUUUUGAAGAGUCUAGACAGUACACAACAUUGUACAUGUA